AUGGCAGCAAAACCAAAACCUGUUGAAGGCUCAAUGCCAAAGACCCAUUUGACACCAAUGUCACAAAGCGCACCAAAACCACAACCACAACCACAAGGCCCACCUUCGGUACCCACUCGUCCUAUGCGUUCCAUUCUUCCCAAGACCAACAAAAGAAAGCUCAUUCAUACCACCUUCUCCAUUCCCAACUCCUCCUACUUCAAAAUCCGCGCUCUUACUCAACAACUUCGCCCCCAUUUCAUCGAGGGCAAGGAGGCAUCGUCCUUGGCUUCAUCUAAAGAUUUGGAGAUUACUUGUGAUCAAUCUCAACCAGAGUCUGGUGUCCAGCCAGAUCAUCUGUUUGAAGAGAACUUCAAACAAUUAAAGAAAUGGGUUGAUUUGAAGUCGCCUAAACAUGGCAUCCUCCUAGCGCUACGUGAGAGACGUAGUGGAAGGCUUGGAACAGCAUUGAAGGCAUUGAAUGACAUAAUUCGAGAUGAUGGGGAACCUCCAAAGAAGAAGCUCUAUGAACUAAAGCUCUCUUUGCUUGAUGAGAUUGGAUGGAGUCAUUUGGCAACAUAUGAGAGACAAUGGAUGCACGUGCGAUUUCCAGCCAGCUUGCCACUUUUCUAAAAGGUUGCUCAAUUUCAGAUCAGGUGUCUUGUAUUGAAUAAGUACCCUAUAGGCCCAUUCGAAUAAUUUAUUCCUGUAACACAGAUCCUUUCGAAAUAACAUGCAUCCAAUGAGUGCGUUUCAUGCAA